CCCUUAGUUAUCUUUAGUCCGCCGCGUCGAGCGCAUCGUACAUGCGGCAUUGCGAUCAGGCGUCCUCAGCGGAAACCGCAGCCGAGAGUUUUGUAUUCGGAUUCGAAAACGAAUAGCAGGAGCAAGACCAGAAUAAACGCGCCAAAAAUAAGAGCACCGAAAUAAGCUGCCCCAAACGACAGCCUAACUGCAACACGACGCAUCCCGUCGCAUCACCACGCAUCAGCAGCAACAGCAACAGCAACAGCAGCAGCAACAUUGAACAGCAGCGACACCGCCACCGCGACACCGACACCGACAGCAUAUAGACGUAGGAAAUGGCCACGCAACAGACGAAGUCGCAGGACGAGCUGGCAUCCAAAGGACUGGUGUCCAAGCAGCCGGAGAACAUAAAGGAGGAGAAUGAGGAGGGCGAGGAGGAAAUCGAGGAGGCAGCCGUCGUCGUUCCUCCCGACAGCGGAUGGGCCUGGGUGGUAAUGGUGGCCUCCUUCCUCUGCUGCACGGUCAUCGACGGCAUCGUCUUCUGCUCCCCACUCAUCCAGGAGCAGCUGAUAAAUGAGUACAACGUGAGCAAGGCCUACGUGUCGUUCGUAUCCUCGUUACUCAGUGGAUGCUACUUGAUGGCAGGACCCUUUGUUAGUGCCAUCGCCAAUCGGUUUGGCUUCCGUACGGUCACGAUCACUGGAGCCAUAUUCGCAUCCAUCUGCUUUGGACUCUCCUACUUUGCCACCAGUGUGGAGUACCUGUUCCUAAUCUACGGCGUGCUCGGCGGCAUUGGAUUCUGCAUGGUGUACAUACCCGCUGUAGUGAUCAUUGGAUUCUACUUUGAGAAGUGGCGUGCCCUGGCCACCGGUGUUGCCAUGUGCGGCUCCGGUGUGGGCACCUUUGUGUUCGCCCCACUUACCAAAGUCCUGCUGGUGGGCGGCUGGCGCCAAACGAUUGCCAUCCAGGGCCUCAUCGUGCUGUCGUGUGCCCUCUUUGGCUUGGCCUUCCGACCCAUCCAACCGAUUACGCUGUCGGUGACCAACGAGGAGGGAGAUGAGCAGGAGAAGAAGAAGUUGAAUGGUCAUGGCAAUACGGUUGCCCCCACGCCCCAACUCCACCAGGCGGCCUUCACCAAGCCCCUGCCCGAAGGUCGUUUCGCCUACUCGAUGCCCAACUCCGCCCACAACACGUACAUGGGCGCCUCGCAGCGCAACCAUUAUCCCACCGCCCAGGAGAUCUUCAAGGGCAUGAACCUGGAGCGCCGACCAUCGGGCACGGCCCAGGGCAGCAAGGGCACGGAGCUGAAGCAGCUUAGGAAGUCGCAGCCCACCACACCCAACGGAGAUCCGCAACAGCUUACCUUCAAUCUGCACAAGGAACUGACCACCGUGGGUGAGAACGAGGAGGAGGCCGAGAACGAUAACCUGUUGGAGACGGAGGCCAAGCCAGUGACCAUCCAGGCACGCCGCCACACUGUAUCCGGACGCAGACCCCAGGACAUUGGCAAGCGUUCGGCCGCUGCCGCCCACGAGGCCCACCAUGGACAGUCGCAUUCUUCAUCCAGACCCAUGUACCGUGACGAUAUCUUCUUCUCGGGAUCUCUGACCAGGAUUCCCCAGUACCAAUCGCAGACCUCGCUGGCCUACCACAUGUCUGUGACUCGACUGCCCACCAAGCAGGACAUGCUGGAGGAUCGGCAGAAGGGAUGCCGCAUCUGCCCAGAGGCAGUGCGUCGCACCCUAUCCACCAUGCUGGACACCUCGCUGCUCAAGUCGCCCGCCUUCAUGUGCCUGGCCUUCAGCGGCUUCCUCACCAUGAUGGGCUUCUUCGUGCCCUUCACCUUCCUGGUGGCACGCGCCAAGAAUGCGGGCAUGGAUGAGGAUGCGGCCUAUGGAGUCCUCUCCGGAAUUGGCAUUGUGAACACAUUUGCUAGGAUAGUGUGCGGAUCAAUUAGUUCCUUCCCUGCCGUCAAGCCGCUCUGGCUAAACAACUUUGCCCUUACCGCCGGCGGCAUCGCUACCAUCUUCAGCGGCGUGGUCAUCAACUCGGCCACCCAGUGGACAUUCGCCCUGUUCUUUGGUAUCUGCAUUGCCUGCUUCUCAGCCCUGCGAUCCCUGAUUGCCGUCGACCUGAUCGGACUGGAAAAGCUGACCAACGCCUACGGAUUCCUGAUGCUGUUCCAGGGAUUGGCAGCUACUGUCGGCAGUCCCAUUGCAGGUGCCCUCUAUGAGAAGACAGACAGCUACGACGCCGCCUUCUACUUCGCUGGUGGCCUGAUCCUGCUCUCGGCCUUCCUGUGCUUCCCGCUCACCUGCGUCAGCCGGUGGGAGCAGCGGCGCAACGAGAAGCUGACCCCCCUACCCGCGGCCUAAGGAGCUGCUUGGAUCGGAGCGAAAGAAGACAUGCCAGACAGCCUGAACACCUUGUCAUCGCAGCCACAACUAUCUCCGAUAGCACCUUUCGGUAUUGGCAACAUUAAUUGCCAAUCACUCAUCAUGUCGAUGGAGCUCCCGAUAUCCCGAUAUCCCGAUAUUCCGAAUUGCCGAUUUCGGAGAAGAGCGAGCGAGUGCUGAAGCGUGUUCCGAGUACUUAAUACGUUAAGAUAAGACUAAUCGUAAUGUUGUGCCUUCAGAGAUAUCGAGUGCCUAACACACACACCCUACCACCCAACCACCCAAACAUCCUACCACACAAACACCCAAAAACACCCUACCCGAAAUCACACGCAUAACAGCAGAGUGGAGCGAGUGUAAAUUAUGUUUCUAUAAGCUUUAGUGGAGCAACCAUGGGCUCGGUGGACUAGAAUUUAGCAGCUAGACUAAGCGGAGGAUCGGAGUGGAGGAGAACCGAACACAUUAUUAAUAUUAUUACGAUAGCCGUAAGCAGCUGAGCACAUGGCUAUGGCUGGGCCACAAGUCGACUGCCAAGUUAAGGAUCGUUUGUUGAGUUAUUUAACAUGAUAGGGAACGAGCAUUUGUUUACCUUGUAAGAGAUAUGUGGUGGCACUGCACCGCCAUCACGGACUUGUUACAUAGCUAGCUAGAUAUACUACGUUUAUCAAUCAAUCAAUUAGAGACGCAACCAGACGAUCGGUUGGGGUUAAUGCACCCACCACCGAUCUCGAUACCGAUGCCGUCGCCGCCAACGCCGCCGCAUCGUGGGAUUAGCCGAUUGUGGACGAAGCAAAACAAGCAAUCAGCCGCACGAUGAGGCAUCUGGUAGAAGUGCUGUGCUCUUAUGCAAACCGAUUUAUAUAUUACACUAUACAGAUACAGAUUCAGAAAAACACACACGGACCGCUACAUACUCAGCACGAUGAGUGCGAUUCGCGUUUACGUUUGUCAACUACAAUUACAUUAAAACAGAAUAUAUGAUUUAUAUUACAUUUAAAUUAAUGAGUUUACAUUGCAUUGCAUGCGACAUAAGGUUACACUUCCUAAACAAUAAAGACGAUUUCAAUAAUACGAA